AUGAAUGUGCUGGAGGAGAAAUGGAAGAAGUUCAGGCUCUCAGAGGGAGAGGCAACAAAUAUUAUUUUUGAGGAAGAGGAAGCAGAAGGCUUACAAUUCAAGGAAGACUGGAGUUUAGUGUGUAAGGCAUGUUCGAUGAGAACAAUUAGUAAGGUAGUGCUUGAGUCAACUAUGGCAAAGGUUUGGAGGAUUAGUAAGGCUGCGAUUUUCACAGAGGUGAGUACUAACAUUUUUGUAGUCACUUUUGAAACACAAGCUGAUAAACUGAGGGUUUCGGAAGGUAGGCCGUGGUUAUUCGAUAGUCAUCUGAUUGCAUUGAAGAUGUUUGAUGGUUUGACUCCUCCACAAGGGAUGGUGUUUGAUCAUGCAAGCUUUUGGGUUCGUAUGCACAGUCUGCCUUUAUCCUAUAUGACUAAGGCUCGGGGUGAACAAAUUGGGGGAACAGUAGGGAGGGUCGAGGAGGUGGUAACUCAAGAUGAUGGAAGUGGAUGGGGCAAUUUUCUUAGAGUUCAGAUUAAUCUGAACAUCACACAGCCUCUUGAUCGAGGUAGAACAAUAAUGGUAAAAGGAAAAGAAAUGUGGAUUCCAUUUAGCUAUGAAAAACUACCAAGGUUCUGCUUCUCAUGUGGAUGCAUAGUUCACAGGGAGGAAUGCUGCAGCAACAUUUAUGGAAAGGAAGAGGGUGAAGAGCAGUAUGGUUCAUGGAUGAGAGCAAGCUCAGGGCCACAGGGGAGAUUUUAUACCAACAACAGAACUGAGAGUGAAAGGAAAAAUAAAGGAAAAUAUGGAGAGGAGGUGGGGAAGGAAGAGAAAGGAGGACUGAAGAAGCGGUAG